CUAUCCAGCUUGAGAAGAGAAGGGAUUUCACCGACUGCCGCUGUCAGAGGCUAUUGUGUGAGCAUAUAGACGGAUGAAAUUAAGCAGAGCUGGUCAGUUGCGGAGCGGCGGCGGCGGCGGCGGCGGCAGAAGCGGGGCGAAGAGACUGGAGGGACCAAUUCUAAACUCAUCGGAGCAGCGGCUCCUGGUCAGUUGCAGCCCCAGCUCUUGUUGAGCCUCCUCCAGCCGAGUAUGGAUGUAGCAGUGGAGUUGUACCUUGCGGUCCCGCUGCUCUUCACAAUCCUGGCUGUUAUUCUAGCGUCGAUCUUUGUGAAGCUGCGGUCCUCCUCGGAAGGGGACAAAGCUGCGGAGGCGGCGGCGGCGGCAGCAGCAGCAAAAGGAGGAGAGCCCCAAGUCAAGGAGACCCAGGCGAGCGUGGCCGCAGAUCGGGUAGAUGGAGAAGAGAAAAGCCAGGAUGGCGAGGGGAAAGCGGGGACAGGCGGAGGCGGGCCUGAGCAAAACGAGGUGGAGGACGCCGCCGUCCACGACGCCGGGGAAGUAAGGGCAAGGGGAGAAAGGGUCCCUGUGCAGGAGAUCGGGGCUGAAGAGGCGGCGGGGGAGAAAGCAGAGGAGAAGAAAGAGCAGCAUGAGGGGGAGGCGGAGGCCGCUGCUGCGAGGACUGCCAAAGCAGAACAGCGGAGUCAUCCUCCCGAGGUGCAGAUUCCCAGCCAGGCUGCGGCGGCGGCGACUUCUCCUGCGGGGGAGCUAGAGGAGGAGGAGGACGACGACGAGGAGGAGGAGGACGAGGAGGAGAGCAAGGAGGAAGAUCAAGAAUCGGAAAAUGAAAAACUGGUGGUGAGGGAACCUGAGGCAGAAGAUGCAGAUGAACAGUUCUCCUUUAAAUAUAGUCCGGGAAAACUGCGGGGAAACCAGUAUAAAAACUUGAUGACCAAAGAAGAACUUGAAGAGGAACAAAGUUGAAGGAGUCACCUUAAGUGGUACAGCAGGGAAAUGCUUGACUAACAAGCAGAAGGUUGCCGGUUCGAAUCCCUGCUGGUAUGUUUCCCAGACUAUGAGAAACACCUAUAUUGGGCAGCAGUGAUAAAGGAAGAUGCUGAAUGACUUCAUCUUAUAUUGUGUGGGAGAUGGAAUGCUAAAACCCGCUCCUGUAGUCUACCAAGAAAACCACAGGGCUCUGUGGGCACCAGGAGUUGAAAUCGACUUGAUGGCACACUUUACCUUUACCUUUACUGUAGUUGACUCUUCCGAAAAGCUGGGGAAAGAGUUGUCACUGCAUUAGAAACAGAGAUCGACCCUUCCUAGCCUGGAGAUGAGGAAGCUCCACUGUUAUGUUUCUGGCUGUCAUGAGGAUAUUAAAGCCUUCUUGCAAGCAGGUGGGGAGGGGGAGAUAGCCACCCUGUGAGUAGUCAGGACGGGCACACUGUUGCAUGCUUGUUCAAGGUUGCAUCACUCAUCACAGGUACAUCUGACAAUAAAGCAUGGGUUCCCAACCUUUGGUCCCCAGAUGCUGGACUACAACUCCCAUUACCCCCCACCACAAUGGCCAGUGGCUAAGGGUGAUGUGAUUUGUAGUCCAACAACAUGAUCUUGAGAUCCAACGUGGGGAACCCCUGCACUAGCACCUGACAUGAUUUUGGUCAUUAACUAAAUUGAGUACGGUCUUUAUUCUUCACCCCUUGGAUGUGCUCCUGUCCAUUGAACUCCUCCACUUGCUUCUGCUUGACUCCUUUAUGGCAAACAUUUAUUAAAGGCAGGUCUGAUGCUCCUUUAUGGAAAAAAAUACCACACCUCGUGACUUCUGAAAACAUAGGAAGGCAAACAAAACUGCCUUUCUAGCCCCAUGUUUAUGGAUCCAAGGCAGCUGGAAUUGAUGGAAAUCAGUUUGGGAUUAAUUGCAUAUAAUUUAUAUACAAGCAGUUGCAUUGAUCAGAUUUCAGCUGUGGCUGACUGCAUGGCUGAACACUAUGAAUAAAUCCUUUAUCAGAGGUUUUAGAAGAAAACAAUUAUCUGUGCAAUUCCCAACAGUUCUUAUCCCUGGGGCAGAGCAUAUCUCUAUAGCAUUAGUCACCUGACUGUUGAUUAGGGUGGUCACCUCCAUUGCUGCUGGAAGAUAUUCCAAGGCUGGGAGGAACUGAUUCUUUGGAUAUUGCAGUCCUUGAAGUGCCUGCUUGCCUUCUAUCACAUGGUGCCUUUUUCAGAUGCCUUAUAGGACAGCCAGGGUGCAGACAGAGAAAAAGCUUGAGGAAUUUUUUAGGCAGGAGGAAAGAUGCUUUUGGGGGGAAGAAAAAUAUGUUUUGGGAAUUGAAGAUAUGGAGGCGGGUCUCACGAUCAGUGAGACCUGCUUUUGCUGCUAUUGCGGGGAGAGCGGGCUAAGCCCACUCUCCCCGCAGAUGAUCGCAGCGGGAGCCCUGGACGGCCGGAUUGGUCACCCACACGAUUGCUGACUCUGUGAUGGAGCUGGUGGGGGCUGGGGAGCUCGCGGGCAACAUGGCCCCUGGAAGCUCCAGUAUGCACUGUGCGAGCAUGCAGGGCAUACUGGGGAGACCCCCGGAGCCGGGAGGCGGCUUUUCACCUCCCCUCCGGGGGUCUACUCACGAGUAGCCACAGUGUGGAGCCGCACUGCGGCUACUCAUGAUCAGAUAGUCUGGGUUUGUGGAGCACUUGCUCUGCAAACCCGGGCUAAGGGGAGGGCUACAGAAGCGGGUGACCCCGGUGGCAAGCCCGGUGGUUUACAUGAUCGGCAAAAAUUGGGCUAGGCUCUCCUAGCCUGAUUUUUGCCGAUCGUGAGAAUAGCCCCAUGGACUGUUAGGCCUGGCGGGGGGAGUUUAGUAGAAUAAGGGGGCAAAUCCUCAAAUGCUUAGUGAGGAAUCUGCCCACCUGUAAGACAAAAGGGGCAGGCAAGUACAUGGUUUAUUGCAGUCUCCUGCUACAAAGGGAAAUAUUGGCCGCCUUUACACAUAUCGCCAAACUGGGUUGAUGAACCUGAGGUUACUCCUUGAACCUGGAAAUCGUCCCACAUAUGAUCUUCCCAACUGGGCUGGGGAACUGCGAGUUUCAGGGCAGAGGAACCACAUUCCAGCAAGUUCUGUAGCUCUCACAUCACCAGACUGUGGCCAAGGUGUCAGCAGAGCAGCAGGUAUUGGUCAUGAUCUGCAAGGGGGAAUGCCUGGCGUGAUUGUGCCUUUUCACCACGCACUGCCCACCCUUGGCAGAGAAUGGGCAUUUAAACCCUUUCCCUCACAACACUUGCACCACCGCCCUUGCAAGACCCCACAGCCAAACAAUUUCACACAAUCAUGAUUACUAGUAAUGGGGAUAUGGAAGGGGUACUAUAUUUCUGCUACUCUGGGAAGAGACCACAAUGACUUCCUAGGAGGGGAUAUGUAUAUGAGGACAGCCAAAGGAUCCUGGGGUCUGGUCCACUGUGACAAAGGAUGUUCCUGUGAUGGCAGACCUGGUCAAAGCAUUACAGGAACCCCCAACACACUCCUGCCCCCAUGUCAGCUUGUUGGCUGGGGAUUAGCUCUCUCAUGAGACGGCCAGUCCACUGGGGAGGACCAGAGGCUCCAUGAGUUUUGGCCCUCUGUUGGACUGCACUCUCAUGGGUUAGCCCAUCCAACUAUAGGGGACCCCUCUUUUUUCCUGUUAAAAAUAGAACUCCUACUCCACACCUUCCCCUCCAGACUUAACCCCUACAUACUCCCAAGGAGUCUGGGCCACUCCAUGUGUCCAGCCACUUCCCUGUGGGCUCAGUCUGGCAAGAUCAGGGAUGGCUCCUAGCACACAUUCAAAAUUCCCGGGCUUGGACUGGAAUUGCAGUGUAUGCAGAUUGACCAUUGCGGAGAAUUGAAGGUGAGGUGAGCCCGUAUUUCCAGCAAUCCCUGGCAAGCUGGGUUGCUGCGGUGGGCAAAAAUAAACAUUCAUAUGUGCCAAGGGGAGACCAGAUUGCCAUAGUGAGUGCUUUCACUCCUGCUGCCUGCCAGUCACUGUGACCUUGAAAGGUGUUGGUGUAGCACCCUUCCCUGGGGCCUGCGUAGAUCUAGCAUUGUGGCUGGGUGGCAAUAGCCCCAUUCUCCAUGGCCUUUCAGUCUCCAUGGCCUUUCACUCCCAUGAGAGAGUGGUCCGAUGCAGAGCAUUACCCAUCAACAUCACAAAGGAAGAAUCUCUCUGUGAUUUGAUUGAAUAAUCAGCCUAGAAAGAGCCCCUGGUGGUGCAGUGGUAAAACUGCUGCCCUGUAACCAGAAGUUUACAAGUUCGAUCCUGACCAGGGGCUCAAGGUUGACUCAGCCUUCCAUCCUUCCGAGGUCGGUAAAAUGAGUACCCAGAAUGUUGGGGGCAAUAUGCUAAAUCAUUGUAAACCGCUUAGAGAGCUCCGGCAAUAGAGCGGUAUAUAAAUGUAAGUGCUAUUGCUAUUGCUAAUGCUCCAAGUGGGUGGUUCUUCUCAUGAAUAAUGCCAUAGAGUGAAACUGUACACAUGAGCGGUGUGUAGAGCCUGGAGGGUUAGGUGGGGAGAGCAGGCUUAGCCCUGGGUGGGCUUCACCCUUAGUCUGGGAGCCCUGGGCAGCUGAAUCGGCCACCCACACAACUACCGGCUCUGUCACGGAGCCAGUAGGGGCUGUGGGGAUUGGGGGCCACCUGGCCCCUGCAAGUCCCAGGAUGCCCCAUGCUAGUGCACGGGGCACUCUGGGGAGACCCCCAAGACUGGGAGCCUUGUUUUAGCCUCCCGGCAGGUGUCUCCUCACAAGUUGCUGCGGCACAGAGCCAUGCCGUGGCGACUCUUGAUUGUCAAAAUGGUGGUUCUCAUGAUGGGGGAAACCCGGCUGGGCUUCUUUAGUCCAGUUUCCCCCUUUUGUGAGAACAGCCUCAGAGUGUGCUUGCGCCAGGGAGAAGGGGCUGGGUCCCCCUUCCCCAUCAAACCUGUACAAAAAUUAAGGCAGAGCCGCUCAAGAAUUCCGGGGGCUACCUUUCAGCCUAGACCCCGGGUAUCACUCUCCUGGCAUGUGUUUUCUUUGUCGGGAAACAACCAGGUUGUCCAGUUCAUGGUGCCACCGGGGCUCAACGUGCUUGUGCAGAUACAUCUCCAUCACUUUAUACUUCAUUUGUGGAUACCAUUCCAAAGGGUGGGUGGGGUGACAUGGAACACAGUAUAGAGUGAGCAUCCCCCAAUGCGGCUUGUCCCUUUGACAUGUUUUGAAGCUUGGAACAUAGCAACGCAGCAUCCCUGUUACUAGGAAAUGGCUGGAGGAGUGUGAGUCCAUGGUGGGGGAGUGCUCAGAGAGGUGGCCAAUGAGAAGCACAGCAGGCAUAGAGCUGGCAUGUUUCUGGGCUGGGCUGAGCCGCCCUCUCUAUGGUUUUGGCACAGCACAAAACCCAGGUUACACUGCGGCAGAAUUUGGAUGUCAUGAUGGCACCUCCAAACCUGGGGUACAAGCAGCAAAACUUACUACAAACUGAAGGUUCUUGAGUACAGUGGGGCUUGCUCUCUAGUAAGCCUGUUUUAGAAAUUCACAGUUUGAGGAGUGAAACCUCGGGUCACUUUUGUGAUGAAAUUGAAACAUCAUGCAUUUGGAUGACCACGAAAGCAAACCUCUGCCUCACUUGCCUCCAGUCUGGUGUUAUGUCCAAAGGCCACUAUUUAAUCAUUCCCUCCCAGCCUCGGAAAACAUACAGCAGCACUAGCCUAAGCAUGUUGAGCAAGUCCCUGAGUACAAUGUACAGUAAGCCUGUUUUAGAAAUACAGCUCUAAAGAAAUAGCAGCAUGGAUCAAUGGUGGGGAAGGGGUUUGCUCAUUUUUGUGUGAUAAAGAAUGCUUGUGACACUGCUCUACUUGGUAAAAUCAAAACCAAAUUUUCACACCCAGAAAAUAACAAGAAAAAUCGUGGAAUAGGGCCAAAGGGCUUCCUGCUCUUGCAAAUGGCUUGGUGACUCCCACUUGUAUAAUUGCUUCAUGAUGUGAUUAACUGGGCUUAUUUUCUUUUCCCUCACCCUCCCUUUUUUUGGUAAAGUUUGUUUGGUCAGAGCUAUGUAGAAAUGUGCUUAUUAAUGAAUGGUCUGACCAGGCAUGGGUCAUAUCCUUGCAAACCUAAUAUAUGUAACCAAUAACUUCUAAAGCCAUCAGCUUGCUUUAAAAGCAUAAAAUAUGUUAACAACAACAACAACAAAAUAGCAUGGGUUUCAUAAUGUCUGAGCACUUUUUGUACUCUCCAGUUGUUCUCUUAACCAUUGUUUCAAUAAUAAUGAGGGCUAUACGCGCUAUUAUUUAAAAUAGCAGCGAUUUAAACUAUUUCUUCUUCUGGCAUCUCAGUAAGCAUUUUCCUGAGUUUUACAAUAGCAUAAAGAGCUGAAAAUAACAGGCAGCAACACAUUCUA